AUAAUUUUUUACAAAAAAAAUGCCCUUUAUAGAAUUUUAAAAACUGUUGAAAAUCACCAUUCAGAACAGAAAAUUGACAUUCACAAUAGAGGUAGCAAAAAUUUAUUUGUGUUGUCAUGGCGUACGACACCUAUCGAUAAUUAUCAAUUCUCAGAUACAAAGGAAGCAAACAAAAAGACAAUGUUUUUUCGCAUGUGAAAUACUCAAAAAUAAUAAAUAUCCAAAAAAAUGCCGCAUGGACAUUCUCAUAAUCAUGAUAGCGGCUGUAGUGAUGAAGCUGCCCACAUCGAUCAGCCCUUAGAAAUGGGCAUCGAAUAUAGCUUAUAUGAAAAAAUAGAUUUGGACAAUUUAGAGUGUCUCAAUGAAGAAUUAGAAGGAAGUGGUAAGAGAGUGUUUAGGCCUUAUGAAAAUCGGUUGGAUACAACGCAGUUUGUUAAAAGUGAUUCCGACGAAGAGUUACUCUUCAACAUACCAUUCACGGGCAAUAUCAAAUUAAAAGGAAUUAUAAUUAUAGGAGGUAAUGAUGAGAGUCAUCCAAACAAAAUGCGGCUGUUUAAAAAUCGUCCAAAAAUGACAUUUGACGACGUGCUAGUCAAAGCUGAUCAAGAAUUUGAAUUAUCUCCAGACUACCGGGGUGAAAUUGAAUACAGUCCUAAAGUCGUUACCUUCUCCUCCGUCUAUCAUUUAUCGAUACAUUUUCCCACAAAUUUCGGAGCUGAUAAUACUUGUAUACAUUAUAUAGGUUUGCGCGGUGAAUUCAGCGAAGCCCAUUAUCAUGGUGUUACCAUUUGCAACUAUGAAGCUAGACCGAAUGUAACCGAUCAUAAAAAUAAGUUAUACGAUUCUGUAAAUCAUACCAUACAAUAAAUUUUGAAAGAUGAGGAUGAAAAAGUGAAGAAAGUGAUAAAAACCAA